AUGACAGACCGUACGACCUUCUGCAUAUCCAAGUCACAAGGUCAGCCUGACUCCAGCAGUAGACUUAGCGACCAUGUGGAAGCUCCAUUGGAUCGGGGGCGAGAGGAACUACCUGUCCAGUUUUCUCUUUUCUCUACAAUCGCAUUGGGAUUCAGCAUGACCAAUUCCUGGCUUGGAUACUCGGCCACUUUCGUCACCCCACUCUUGAUGGGAGGCAGUCCGGCAGUAUUCUUUGGUCUUAUUGUUGCAUCCGUUGCGACGGCGGGUCUGGCGGAGCUCGCCUCGGCGUAUCCAUCCAGCAGCGGGCAGUAUCAUUUUGCCUUUAUGGUCAGCUCCCCAAAAUAUCGUCCGGUAGUGGCCUUUACGAUGGGAUGGUUAAGUGUAGUCGCAUGGGCUCUCACCAGUGCAUCCACUGCCAUUGUCUGUGCUCAAAUGAUCGGAAACCUGGCUAGCAUAUAUCACCCAAGUUACACUGCAGAAUCGUGGCAAACGUAUCUCAUAUAUGCCCUGCUAAUCUUGAUUGCAACUGCCAUUGUCUGCCUACUCCCACGAGCACUUCCCAAGGGGGAGAUCGUGAUGUUUAUAAGCAGCUUCCUAGGCUUUGUCGCCAGCUUCAUCACCGUUCUAGCGACGCAGAAUCAUAAACAGUCGGCAGCAGCCGUGUUUCUCGACUAUAAAAACACCAGUGGCUGGAGUGAUGGGACAUCGUUUCUCAUUGGCCUCGGGACAUGUAUGUAUGCAUAUCUGGCCAUUGAUGGGGCCUGUCAUAUUGCAGAGGAACUCCCCAACCCUAGUCAGGAUGUUCCUCGCGCCAUGGGACUAACCAUGCUGAUUGGUGUGACGACGGUCAUCCCUUGGACGCUUGCGUUCCUGUUCUCCGCGACAGACACUGACGCCGUGGCUUCUUCGAGUAUACCGAUUUACACAGUUUAUCUACAAGCCACAAGAAGUCAACCCGCAGCCACAAUGCUCACCGUCUGGAUUCUUUUCGUCUACGCCGGCGCGUUAGUCUCUUGCAUAGUAACAACCGGGCGACUAGCGUAUGCUUUCGCUCGCGACGAGGGCCUCCCAUACUCAAAGUUCUUUGCCCAGAUUCACACCAAACGAGAGGCACCCGUUAAUGCCACGAUCGGGUGCGCUGCAAUUAUUCUACUUUACGGUUUGAUCUAUAUCGGAUCCGCGACAGCAUUCAACAGUUUCAUAUCCAUGUCCAUCCUGUCCCUCAAUAUGACCUACGCCGUGCCCCAGGCGAUUGUUUUGGUCCGGGGGCGAGAUCGCAUUCUGCCCAAGCGCUCAUUCAAUUUGGGCCGAUACCUUGGCCCGGUAUGUAAUGCAUUCUCUGCCUUCUGGGUGCCUUUUAUCACAAUUCUAUUUUGCUUUCCCACCUCUCUUCCGACCACAGUUUCAGAUAUGAACUAUGUCAGUGUGGUGAUCAGUGGGAUUACAAUUUUGAUUCUUCUAUCAUGGUGGGGAGGUAAACGGAAGACGUUCUCUGGUCCGGUAAGACUUCCUUCCCCUACAUUUUGUCGGUGCCUUCAACAAUGCUGA